AGCCCGACUUCAAUCUCUGCGAUGGCUAACGAAGCUUAUCCUUGUCCGUGUGACAUUGGCCACAGACUUGAGUAUGGAGGGCUAGGCCGCGAGGUUCAAAUCGAGCACAUCAAGGCUUAUGUCACCAAAUCCCCCGUUGAUGCAGGCAAAGCUGUGAUUGUCAUUCAAGACAUAUUUGGCUGGCAGUUGCCCAAUACCAGAUAUAUGGCUGACAUGAUCUCAGGAAAUGGAUACACAACCAUUGUUCCAGACUUCUUUGUAGGGCAAGAGCCUUGGGACCCCUCUAGCGACUGGUCCACCUUCCCUGAGUGGGUGAAAACAAGAAAUGCCCAGCAGAUCGAUAGAGAGAUCAGUGCUGUCUUGAAGUAUCUGAAACAACAGUGUCAUGCCCAGAAAAUUGGCGUCGUGGGAUUCUGCUGGGGUGGAACUGCUGUCCAUCAUUUGAUGGUGAAAUACUCAGAAUUCAGAGCAGGGGUGUCUGUCUAUGGCAUCGUCAAGGAUUCGGAAGGCAUUUACAAUUUAAAGAACCCCACCUUGUUCAUUUUUGCUGAAAAUGAUGUUGUGAUUCCACUCGAGAACGUAUCUUUGCUGACCCAGAAGUUGAAAGAACACUGCAAAGUUGAAUAUCAAAUUAAAACAUUUUCUGGGCAGACUCAUGGGUUCGUGCAUCGGAAGAGAGAAGAUUGCUCACCUGCAGACAAGCCCUACAUUGAUGAGGCCAGAAGGAAUUUAAUCGAGUGGCUGAACAAGUACAUGUAGAAAGAAUCAAGGGCAAGCCUUCCUAGAAUAGCUUUUCAUCCCAAAAUUUGCUUGGAAAUACUUAGAUCAUUUAAUUUUCACUUUUAUAAAAUAAAUGUAGGAAUCCUAAAAUUCAUUAUUUCAUUUGAAACACAAAUUCAGUAGGAAAUCAUGAAAUGAUUUGAUUUUUAACAUGUACCUCAAAUCAUAAUUUAAAAACAAGGUCUGAUUGGGUGCAGUGCCUCAUGCCUGUAAUUCCAGCACUUUGGCAGGCCAAAGUGGGUGGAUCACCUGGGAUUAGGAGUUUGAGACCAGCCUGGGCAACAUAGUGAGACCCCCAUCUCUACAAAAAAUACAAAAAUUAGCUUGGUGUGGUGGUGCACGCCUGUAGUCCCAGCUACUUGGCAGACUGAGGCACAAGAAUCAGUAGAACCCAGGAGGUGGAGACUGCAGUGACUCAAGAUCAUGUCACCACUGUACUCCAGCCUGGGCAACAGAGUGAGACCCUGUCUCAAAAAUAAAUAAGUAAAUAAAUAAAUAAAUAAAAUAAAACCCAGGUCAGUACCUGGAGAAUUUGAAUGAUAGAGUAAUACCCUAAUUAUUAGUUAAAACCUACAGGCUGGGUGCAGUGGCUCACGCCUGUAAUCCCAGCACUUUGGGAGGCCAAGGCAGGUGGAUCACUUGAGGUCAGGAGUUCAAGACCAGCCUGGUCAACAUGGUGAAAUCCCAUCUCUACUAAAAAUACAAAAAUUAGCCGGGCAUGGUGGUGUGUGCCUGUAAUCCCAGCUACUCGGGAGGCUGAGGCAGGAGAAUCACUUGAACUCGGAGGCAGAGUUUGCAGUGAGUCGAGAUUGCGCCACUGCACUCCAGCCUGGGUGACAGAGUGAGACUCUGUCUCAGAAAUCUCAAAAAAACAGAAAACAAACCUACAGCUGUUCAAGGACCAGCUGACAGGUCAAGUGUGGCGUUUUCUGGUCUUUGAACACAUCAUAGAAAGUGACAAAUGCUGCAAAGCCAUGAAGAACAUGAACUAUAAACUGGGGUAGACCACCAUCCAGCUUAGACACUUAUCUAUGCCACAAAACAUCUGAAUUUGACACAUUUAUAUAUUGCAAUAUGGGAAGUAUUGAGAUCAAAACAGGAUUGCAUUGACCUAAUUAUAUUAAUCUAAUAAGCUAAUUUUUUGAAUUUUUG